UUAAUCGAUUCGAUAUUAUGUUAUAAAUGUAUCGAUAUUCGAUAUAUCGAAUAGAAAAAUAUUUUUCAAAACAUCGAAACAAUCCGAUAUAUCGUAUGGAAACAUCGAGUACUUUCGAUAUAUCGACGAUAUUUGUACAUCCCUAUUUUGGCCUAGAUUCUUUUGUUUCUUUUAAAAUUAAAAAAAGUAAUGUCAAUUGUCAUGUCAUUCGCUAUGAUUUGUACCGUAUCCCUGUGAAUUUUAAUAAUUUCUAUUUUAAUUUGUAGUGAAGUCAUGGUUUAGUAUUGCAAAUAACAAUAUGUCAUUACAAGAGAAUCUUAAGGAAUUGGGCUGGAACUUGAGUGAAGAUGGUACCAAUACUGUUAGUGAAAACGGUCAAAUACAAGAUGUGAACAUUAUAAGUAAGAGAGCCUUGGAUUUUGAUUUGCGAGAUAUUGGAGAUGCAGCUUUCCCAGAAGACUUUCCUAAAGAUCCAAGUAAACUUGAGAAACCGAUAAUAGUACAAAUUCAAAAAAUACGAAAUGUGUCUGCUCCAAAAGCUAAUGAGGAAUCAAAUUCUGCUCCAAGGAUGCUCAAAUUGACAUUGCAUGAUGGAAAAUCAACAUGCACGGGGUUGGAGAUAAGUCCUAUAUCAAGUCUCAGUAUUAACACACCACCUGGCACCAAGUUGUUGCUCAAUCCUGAUGGUUUAGAUGUGUGUCAUGGAGUAAUAUGGCUAACACCUAGUGUUAUAACUGUAAUGGGAGGGAAAGUUUCUCAUAUGAUUGAGAAAUGGGAGUUGAAUCGUAGUCUUGCUAAGCACACCAGAGGUGGUAUAGGUGCAGAUGGUGGUCCACCACCUUGGAUUCCAUUUGGUCAAAGACUAGAAGCGCAAACUGUUGAUAAGCAAUUUAAAAGUCUUCAGGAACAAUCUAAGCAAGACAAUGCUGAGUUUGAAGCUCAAAGAAAAGGAGCCAUCGCUGAAGCACAAAGACUCUCUGGUGUUAAAAAGGUAUUUGGUGGAGGUACUAAGCCAUUGCUGGAUGCUAAUGUCCAAAAAAUUGUUGAUGCUGGAUUUUCGGAGGAGCAAGCUGAGAAUGCUUUAAAAUAUACAAAAAAUAAUGUUGAUAGGGCACUCAAAAUAUUACAAAAACGAGACAAUUCUGAAAAUAGAAAUAAAGAGAAACCUCAAAAAGAACCGGAUCAACCUAAACGUAAAGGUCGUAAUAAAGAACCUAAUGAUGAAGAUAGUAUAUCAGUCAAACCAUCAGGUAAAGUGUCUUUGUUUGAUUUCCUUGAAGAUAAAUUACCUAAUGUCCCAGAAAAGGAUAAGAGUCGUUAUAAUAACUCUAGCAACGACGAUAGGGGUGAGAGAAGUUAUGGAAAUCGUGAUAAAAGCAGUGCCAAAAACAAUCCACGUUCUCAAAGUUCAAGAUAUGAAAGCUCUAACAGACAUAGGUCUGAAAAUAGAGGUCAUUACUCCAAUGAUAAUAAUCAUUCAUCUCAUAGGGAUGAUAGAAAAUAUCAAUCGCAAAAUGAAAAACCUCCAAGAUUUCAGAAAAAGUUGGAAGAAAAAAAUAAACAGCAUCAUCAACAACACCAACAUCACCAACAACAACAUCAGCAGCAGCAACAACAACAAAUGUCUAUGAAUAUGAAUUUACAAUAUAAUAAUGCAUACCAUAAUCAACCAUCAUCUCAUUAUUCAGAUAGGAAUAUGAGAAAUGAUAGAGGUAUAAUGGAUAGCAAAAUGCAACAGCCACAAAAUUACAGAGGUAAUCCCAACAUGGAAAAUUUAGUUGAAGCUACGGCUAAUUUGAAUUUAAUGCAAAAUCAAUCACGAGUGUCAGAUGUGGAUCAGCAACGCAGCUAUCAAGCUCAUAUGGAACAAGGUUACUCAAAACAGUCCUAUGUGCCCAACCAGAACAUGCAAGAGGUACCACCAUUUAGGAGGAAUAAUGAUGUGCAGAAGUAUCAAGAGCAAACAUAUCAAAGAAGACAGCAGCCACCUAAUGGCUACAUUGAACAGCAACAGAAUCCAAUGUAUCCAAACAUGAAUUAUCUGAGCGGCGCCCAAGCUGGGUAUGGCGGGCGGCAGUAUGGAUACGGUCCGAGGCCACAGGAGUACAACAACAUGCGUAGUGGAGGACCAUUUUUGCCUGGAUCCCUGUUGGGUUUCCAGAAUGCUGCAGUGAAUGAACAAGCUCGAGCCAUGCUUGGUGUUGCCGAUAUCAACUGGAAAGUUGGCGACCGUUGCCUGGCACUAUACUGGGAAGAUAAUAAUGUGAGUGAACAAAUUUCAUGUCAGAUCAGAUAACAUGUCUUCAACUUAAGUAUAUGAUAGCUUAAACGUAACAUUCUUAAUAUAUCUUUAUGCUGGAUUCCUUGCGGAUAGACACAUACUGUUUAUUUAAAUAUUUUUUUUUUCAGUUUUAUGAGGCAGAGAUAACUGGCAUCUCUGCAAAUACUGUAGUAGUGAAAUUUUGCGCAUAUGGUAAUCAUGAAGAGGUCCUCAAAUCUAAUUGCUUGCCCAUCCCUAAUCAAGGUAAUAAAUAGUUUUUUAAUUAAUAUAAUAAAAAUAACAAUAUUCUGAAUUCUUAGACAGCAAUGACAAAAAGCUCACUUAUUUAGAUAUCUCAUAAAUGUGUACUGCAAACACAGAACUCGGAA